AUGUCACACCGAGUCAAUAUUCGAACUGUUACCGGAAAUAAGCAUAGUCCAUUACUAGCAAGUAAAUUUCAACGUGUACAAAAUCGAGCUGCAGCUAUCUGGGAUGCAUGGAAUGAAGAUGGACAUGGUCUUGCUUUAGAAUUAGUGGCUCAUCUACACAGAAUCUCAGCUGAACAAAUCUAUUAUGAUAUUUAUGGAAAUCCAUCAGAUGUUGAUAAACGAUUUGGUAUUGAAGAUUCGACGAAAUUGGAACGUACUCUGCACGUAUGCCUGCAAGAAAUUGAGGAAGGAAUUGAUUCAUCCUUAGUAUCUGUUGCUAACCAUGUACCGUUUUAUCUUAUACAUCAACUUCAAGAUCCAAGGGACAUCAAAACAUUGGCUAAUGACUUUCUUCGAAAAAUGAACAACAAACUCAGAGAAGUUCAACAGGAACAUCGUCAACAGUUGUUUGAAUCUAUCGAUCGUAUGGUCAGAUCUAGUACUUAUAUGACCAACAUAUGUCCAUCAACGGAUACAAUACAUUCAUAUCAAAUAGAAAGUCAAAAUGUAAUACCAGCACAAACAGAAAGUACAUUUGGAAAUGCACAAAGUCAUCAACAAAAUAUUCAUUCUGAAUCAUUAACGAUUUCUACCAAUGAUAAACAAACAGUUAAUAAACAUUCAAUGCGACCAUAUCAUCGAACUUCAAUAUCUUCAUUUUCGGACUUGAUGAAUUGGACUUAUUUAAACCAACAUGGUAUCGGUCUUGAAAAUUGUGGACGAAAAAAAACUGAACAAAAUAUAUGUUAUUUGAAUGCCAUAAUUCAAUGUUUAGCCAAUACUGCUCCAUUUGCACAAUGGUUACUUUGUGAUGCUAAUGAUGAUCAAUGCCAACUGAAGAUUGAUCAUCGAUUUUGUUCUGUUUGUGAAUUACAAUCUAUUUUCACUGCCAUUCAUAUGUAUACUAAUCGUAACGACCAUUGUGAUCUUUUUUCAACUUUGUCACAAGCAACUGCUGAGCCUUUGGCUCGUCGAAUUCAUGAAAUUUCUUCUGUUUUUGUCAUUGGUCGACAAGAAGAUCCAUCUGAACUAUUUCACCAUCUUCUUGCUCAUAUGACCGAAUGUCUGUCACCCAUCCAUUCGAAUCCAAACAUUAAUUAUUUGUCAACAGUUAUUCAAGAUUUAUUUGGUGUACAAUUGCGAUCAUUGGUAGUUUGUAGCCGGUGUCGAAAUGUAACAUCAACUGAAUGUUGGGAUUCAAUGUGGAGUAUUUCCAUCAAUUCACAAGGAACUCUUUGUCAAUUUCUUACUGAUUUUUGUAAACCGGAAUUAUUAUGUGGUAAGAAUGCUUAUCAGUGUUUACAAUGUAAUCAAUUAGUACCAGCAACAAAAUCUUAUCAUUUAAUUAAAGCUUUACCUCUUAUUACUAUUCAUUUAAAACGAUUUGUCUAUGAUCGACGAACAAAUACAACUAGUAAAAUCAAAACAUUCAUUUCUUAUUCAGCAUUACUUGAUCUGACUCCAUAUUUUGACAAAAAAAAUCACGAUUCGAAUACAGUAAAUAGUCAAAAUACUUCUUCUAUUUAUGAAUUAUACGCUGUCAUUGUCCAUCUUGGUGAAGAAACAACAAGUGGUCAUAUAUAUGCCUACAUUCGAUCACCUGAUGCUCUUUGGUAUAAGGCAAACGAUAAAACUAUUACACCAGUGGAUAUUAACCAAGCUCUUACUAAUAAAGAUGCAUAUAUGCUAUUCUAUUCAAAAGUAACAGAAGACAAGCUUGUCUUCAAUGAGAUUAUACUUAACUCCAACAUAACAUCAUUAUCAAAAAAAGAUUCUCCAUUUUCAACUUUAUCUUCACUUCAAACUCACGAAAAUAAGGAAACCACUAAUCAUCAAGAUUUGGUAAGUUUAUAA